CAUUUUCUUAUUGGCAGGCGUAUAGCUCACUCUGGUUUGGAAGAGUUGCCGAACAUGAACCAUCUGAAAACUGAUCCAUCCAUUAUAUCCAUUAUUGAUUUCGACAGUAACAGGAUACGAAACAUAACGUCCCAUUCAGUCAAAGUAAAAGCAGAUAACUUAGUCUUGGAUCAUAACUCUAUAGAAGUAAUAGAAGACUGGUCUUUCCACGAUUCCCAAAUAGCAAAACUGAGCUUGAAAGGUAACAAAGAGCUUCGCCUAAUAAGUAAUGAGGCGUUUACCGGAAUUAAAAAUUUAAGAACUCUGGAUGUGUCGGAAACAAGCAUACGGAAAUUCCCCAGCCAAGGACUGGACACAUUAGAAAUUUUAAACAUGAGAGACACAAUCCAUCUAUGGACACUUCCUUCUGUGUUGCACUUUCCAGAAAUCAAGGAAGCCCGUUUGACCUAUCCGUACCAUUGCUGCGCUUUUAAGUUUCCCAUUGAACAUGACCCUGAAGAAUACCAACGUCUGCAGUCUCUUCGAAAAGACGUCGACAAAACGUACUGUUCGUCUACCAUACCUGAUGAGAUACCGUUGCACGCCACAAUGCCCGCUAUUCGCAAAAGUCGACAUUUACGCAUAUCAUCUGGAGAUGGUUCAGAGGAAACUUCAAGUGAUAAUGAUAUUGUUUAUGGUCAAAUCGUAUACACUCCAUCUCCACAUUCCAAUGAAACUAAUGACUGGGAAGAACUAGAAGAAUUGUUUAAUCAAGAAGGAAACUUUUAUCCAAUUGUUGGAGACUAUUACACGCACAACCACCAAAUGAGUGAUCAUGAAGACUUAGGUAUAGAAGGUGUUUUCCAUCCUAAACCUGUGACAGUCAAACCUAAUGUGAGAGCAGUUUGUGGAAACUUUGCUCAUGAUUUUCGUGAAGUAAAGUGCUACCCGGAGCCGGAUGCUUUCAAUCCUUGUGAAGACGUGAUGGGACAGUGGUCCCUGAGAAUAGUUGUCUGGGUAGUGGUCUUCCUAGCUAUUUUGGGGAAUAUGGCAGUUCUGGUAGUCAUCCUAACGGCACGCUCAACAAUGACUGUGUCGAAGUUCCUCAUGUGCCAUUUAGCCUUUGCCGAUUUUUGCAUGGGAAUAUAUUUGCUUAUGAUUGCCAGUAUGGAUAUCAGGACUAUGGGAACUUAUUUCAAUUAUGCUAUAGAAUGGCAGCAGGGCCUGGGUUGCCAAAUCGCCGGUUUUCUAACUGUAUUUUCAAGUGAACUUUCAAUUUUUACACUCACUGUUAUUACAUUGGAGAGAUGGUAUGCAAUCACUUAUGCCAUCCAUCUUAACAGGCGACUACAACUGGGCACUGCGGCAAAAGUCAUGAGUCUGGGAUGGAUGUAUGCCUCUGCCAUGGCCACACUUCCAGUAAUUGGAAUAAGCAAUUAUUCAAAAACAUCUAUAUGUUUGCCCAUGGACACUUCCGAUACAGUGGAUUUGGCUUAUGUAAUAUUUCUGCUGAGUACUAAAGGUUUUGCCUUUUUUCUAAUCUGCAUAUGCUACGCUAAAAUGUACCUCUCAAUCAGAGUUUCAAGUAAAUGUGGAAAUAGAGACGAACCUGAUAUACACGCACACAGGACUGUACGCUCUGAUCUCUCAGUCGCCAAACGUAUGGCUAUGCUGGUAUUCACAGACUUCGCUUGCUGGGCUCCAAUAGCAUUCUUUGGUUUAACUGCAGUAGCUGGCUGGCCUCUGAUUAAUGUAACAAAAUCAAAAAUACUUUUAGUUUUCUUUUAUCCACUGAACUCUUGUUCCAAUCCAUUUCUGUACGCAAUUCUGACCAAACAAUAUCGCCGAGACGCCUUGGCAUUGUUCUCUCGGUGGAGGAUUUGUCGAAAAAACUCGUGCGUGCAUGGAAGAACACUUUCUACCAAUACACACCAACACCAAAGAAGAAUAUCGUCUGUUAAAGCUCUCUAUAGAACUUCAAUGGCCUCUGACAAAAAUUUCCGCCAACAAGCAGCAGGAACUCAUAGUAGCAGUAGCUCAAAACGUCGUUUGAGGGGAAUGGUGAAUAGCUUACCAAAUGCUGAGGAGUUCUAUGCACAUGAGCACAAAUCAUCCACUUUCUUUCCUGAGAAUUUUCCUAAGGAAGGCAUGGCAGCUGUUCACAAAGGCUCUCCACACCCAAUAAAAAGCAGCUUCACUAAGGUCAACAACCCGGAUCAACAACUUAUUUUAAGAAGAGUUUUAGACUUUCCCAAUUCAAACUCAGCAUCUCACUCUACACUUCAUCUAAACUCGGGAGACCACACCACUGAUACCACAACAGAUGGUGGCCAAGUAUCUUGCGACGAGGAUGGACAAGUCAGCACUAAGGAUACCGCGGUCUAAACAUCCAUUAUUUCAAGAAAUCAGACUAUUGCAUUUCUUGCAGAAAACAUUAAUGCAAAUAGACUUGGACAUUUUAACGAAUUUUACUAGAUUGAAUUUCUAUGAGUUAACUAAAACCCAUUUCUGAUCUAUCCAGCCUAUUACUCCUUCGAUUAAUAAGCUGUCAAAUAUUUUAAAACUUUUCAAAUACGUCAAUGAAAAGUAAGAGAUAUUAUAAGAACUCCUUGUACCUAUAUUUUCUUAACUCAUUUUUUUGGAGAUCUGUAAAGGAGAGAUCUUUCAGAAUUUUGACUAAAGCGUUUAAAUUUCUACGGAAACUCUAUUCCUCAUAAAAAUACGUUAAUCGUUUCUUGAUAGCGUCAAAUAGAUUUUAUUUCCAAUAAGAAUGCAUAGUCUAUCGAAAUUUUAAUGACAUAAACUAAUAAAUACAAAGUUUUUUUUUAAAAUAGCAAAACUAAAAAGUUAAAAAAAAAAUGUUUUUCAAAUGAAAAAAGAAAACUUUUUGAAAUCGAAGGAAUUUGCCUUUUUUCGAAAGCUUUACGCUAAUUUUUCAAUAAAACUGCUAUUGACACCUAAAGUUUCCUAUCAUAUUUUGAAGUGAUCUGCAUUUUUAGGAUUGCUUCAAGAUUUUUUGAUUCUUCAACAUUUUUAUGUUUUUUAAACUCAGCCUAGUAGUUAUCAAAAGUUUACAAAUUUCCCUGCACAUUUUUUGUUUUAGAAGUAGAGUUAUUUUCUCCUUUUUAGUCUACUUAAAAAAAAACAUUGUUUUUUAAGCGAAAAUUAUUUUAUAUAUUGCUUUCAACGGACAAAAACAUUUUUUUUUUGUAUAUUUUUCAAAUAAAGUUCAACCCACGAAGUGAAUAAAAAUCGUUUUUCCACCCUAUUAAUAUGCCACGAAUUGUUGAAAGAGUUAAUUUAUAUACCCUUUGGCUCCCAAAUGGUGUUCCACGGAACCCUUGAGUACCUUGAUGGAAUAAAAUUGGCUCCGCGAGGCCCUUCUUUUUACAGCCAGUGAUGAAUAUUGAAACCUCUGAUUUAGAACCUAUAAUUCAUAAUUUAUUUAAUCUUUUGGUUGCCUUUGUUCAUAAAGUGGCUGUUAUAAAUACCCCGGAUCUCUUCAUGCAUUUAGGCUAGUUUUUAAAAUUUUCAUUCCACCUCCUUACAAGCUUACUCAGAUUUAGCCUAGCAUUUUUAUUUCGACCUCUCAUACCUAUUAAUUUUUGACCCUGAUGUAUGUUAUUUUAUUUUUAUAAAAUAUAUACUACGACACAUUUUAUUAAAUGUCUUGUGUUACCAUAAAAUAUAUACUAAGGGCAAAUCUGUCAUUUUGUGUUGAACACAAUAAAGAUUAAGGAAUUACUUUAUGGAGCUCUUAGGGGUAGGUUGUUUAAGAGAAAGGAAUAAAAAUUGUACUCUUUGACGCAAA